UCCAGGUCAUUUCAGUAGCUUUCUGUUUCACCAUCUAUUAUAGCGAUUGCCGGGCGACUGAGCGGAGAGUUUGAAAGUAGUUUAAUUGUGUAUUUGAUUGUACUCAGGGGAUUUUCUGAAAGGGGAUACAGUGAUCGCCAUUUCAGCAGAAUAAAAGCCACAUACUGACAGCGGCACAAGCACAACAAUGGCUCUGAAAAGAAUUACCAAGGAACUGAAUGAUUUAGCACGUGACCCUCCAGCACAGUGUUCUGCAGGACCUGUAGGAGAUGACACGUUUCACUGGCAGGCGACAAUAAUGGGACCAAAUGACAGCCCUUACCAAGGUGGCGUCUUCUUCUUGACCAUUCACUUCCCCACUGAUUAUCCUUUCAAACCGCCAAAGGUUGCAUUUACCACAAGAAUCUACCACCCAAAUAUCAACAGCAAUGGCAGUAUCUGUCUUGACAUCUUACGGUCGCAGUGGUCACCAGCACUUACUAUCUCCAAAGUCCUCCUGUCUAUCUGCUCGCUGCUAUGUGACCCAAACCCGGAUGAUCCACUAGUGCCUGAGAUUGCCCGCAUCUACAAAACAGACCGGGAAAAGUACAACAGAAUAGCUCGGGAGUGGACACAAAAAUACGCCAUGUAGCUUUCGAGCCAGGCCACGGAAAACGGGCCUCUGUAUCCAGGGGCAAGAGGCGCUUUGAACGAAAAGAGGAAAAGUCUCGUUGGUUUCAAUUGGAGUGCUUUCUUUGAGCCACAGCUCCCCUUCCUCCAACCCUCUGCACAUGCCCCCCUUUUCCCCACCUCCCACACACACACACACACACACACACAAACAUAUACACACACACACUCUCUCCAGCUGCCAUGUUCUACAUGUUUCAGAUAACAAAUCAUAUCCCCCUCAGACUCUUUUUGCCUCUGUCUGUCACUGUCUCCACCAAUGACGGGGCCACUCGAGAUGUUUAAUUUGAUAAAAUGCAUUCCUUGUCAUUUUUUUUUUAGAAUCCAGAGGGUAGUGUAUCUCUAUCACUUUUACAUUGGUGUUUUUUUUUUUUUUUUGUCUUUUUUCCUGAUUGCUUCUCCCCCUUGAGCUUCCAGCUGUCCUGUAAGGUCGUGAAGGGGGAAGAGGUGGUGGGGCCCGGGAAUAACAACAACAAAAAAUUGUGUCUGAACCUCAGAAGGAUUUUUUUUCCUGUCU